CGGUUCCGUUCUGUACCAUGACGGCUAAAUAUUUUAGAUUUGGAUGGCCCUAUGAAAAAAAUUGUAAACGAGUUGGAAGGUCUGCCAACAAAGAUUGACAGUGUAAAAUUUGGAAUACUUACCGAACAAAGAGCCAGAGAGUUAUCUGUCCUGAAAGUGAGCAAAAGGGAAAUAUAUGACAUUAACACGGAGAAACCAAUGGUGAACGGAGUAUUAGACCCAAAGUUAGGGCUGUCAUCACCUGGCGAGCUGUGCGAAACAUGUAACAAAACGCUACAGGAGUGUACCGGGCAUUUUGGUCACAUUGAGUUGACGUUGCCAGUGUUCCAUCCCGGGUACCAAAAAAUGCUUGUGAAAAUACUUCAAACAGUUUGCAAAAAAUGCUCUAGGAUACUUUUACCCGAGAAAAAGAUCUUCUUGUACCGUAUCAGCGGCAAAAACAUUUUCAACGAUGAAAUCCUGUUCAACGAGGCCAAAAAGAAUCAGACCUGUUUUUACUGCGGUUAUACAAACGGCGUUGUUAAGAGGGGAAUCGGCACUAAAAUAAUUUACUCGGGAUACGAUCUAAAUCCAUUGGUGGUGAAGAGCCUGCUCAGUCAAAUUGAGGACUACGACCUGCUGAAUUUCAACAAAAGGGGGUGCAACGAGCUGGAACAAAAUAUCUUUGGCGAGGGUACCGCUGUCUAUCCAUCAGGUGACGCUUCUGUACGACCGCACCUAAACAAAAAUUUUAGUCUCUUUACAGACAUCGUUGUGAGUACCGUUCUGGUGCCGCCAGCGUGCAGUCGCCCGAGUGUUAAGACCGAAGAAUUUGGUUCCAAUGAGGAUGAUCUUACGAUAAAACUUAGCGAAAUGGUGCAGCUGAGCAGCACAAUCGUAAACAGCCUGACGACCUCAAGUUUGAUACUUUUGCUCAACGAUUGGGAGCUACUGAACAACACCUUUAGCUCAUACAUAUCUGGAAAUACCCUAAGAAGUCUCUUAACCCGUCUUAAAGGCAAGCACGGCAGAUUCCGCAAUAACCUGUCAGGAAAACGAUCUGAUUACACGGCACGAACUGUUAUCAGUCCGGACCCGCUUCUAAGUAUUGAGCAGGUGGGCAUUCCGCUGCAAAUCGCGAAGGUCCUCACGGUUCCUGAGAAAGUAACCGAAUUCAACAUCGAAUCGCUCAGAAGACAUGUCUUGAACGGGCCCAAGAAGUAUCCCGGCGCCAAUUUUGUAAUCAAUAAGGAGAACAAGCGGAUCAGCACGCUGUACAACAAGAAGAUUUUUUUAGGGGACGUUGUUGAGCGGCACCUCGUUGACAACGAUAGGGUGCUUUUCAACAGGCAGCCUUCGCUGCAUCGUCUCAGCAUUUUGUCACAUUUCGUCAAGGUCGUUCCAAAUAAGACGUUUUGUUUCAAUGUUUCGGUUUGUGCGCCUUAUAAUGCCGAUUUUGAUGGAGACGAGAUGAAUGUGCACGUUCCGCAGACGCUUUUUGCUCGAGCAGAGUGCAAUUUGAUGCGGAUUAAAGAAAAUCUGCGGAGCCCGAAGGACAACCAGCUCAUUAUCAUGCCAAAUCAAGACUUUAUCACUUCUAUGUAUCUAAUCGGAAGAGAAUAUUUCGAUGAAGUGUCGUUCUACACCUAUCUUUUUGAGGUUUGCCAUGCUAGCCAGGAUUAUGAAAUUGCGAAAAGUGUCCGGCCCUCAAUGCUAAGACCGACAAGGAUCUACACGGGACAGCAGCUGCUUAGUGCGAUUUUCAGGAAGCACAAGCUAUUUGAAUCAUUAAUGACCAAGAGGAUGCUUAAGCAAUGUCUCUCGCAGAUGAGCAGCAGUGAGAUAGUCAUCGCUGAGAACUGCAUUGCGCGGGUCAGUGCACGAUUUAUCGGCGAAAGAGGCUUCUCCAUCGGUGUUGAUGAUCUUGAAUAUAGGAAUCAGGGAAAUAAGGCUGUGAGAAUUAAAUCGUUGAUCGGUGAGUGUGUAAGAGAAAUUGAUCCGGAUAACAUCGCUGAGCUGAGCAGUGUGCGCGAUAAAAUGUCAAAGACUAUCAAACUCUUGCCAGAUAACUCAGCGCUGAUCAUGGCCGAGUCGGGCAGUAAAGGCUCAAAGAUAAACAUCACGCAGAUGAUGGCUAUGGUUGGACAGCAAGUUAUAAAUGGGCAGAGAGUACCACUUUCGUAUAGUGGUAGGAGUCUGCCGCACUACCGUGAUGGAGAGACCUACAUAACUGAAAUGAGCACAACAACUGAGGGUGCAGCUGGCUGUUGUUCAGGGCCUGGUGCCAUGCACAACAAUGAAAUGGGAAGAACCGUUAUGACGGGUGGUGGUUGUAACGAAAACGGUGAAAAUUCGCCGGGUAAUCGGGGUAUCGCAUUCGGUACCAUGAACGAUACUUCGUCUCGUACGGGCAGUGCUAACAAUACGCACGAAAUUGAUCCUGGAACCGAUGCUCAGAGAGAAAAAGAUCUUCAACACUGCGAAGAGAAGAUGCUCUUUAGAGGAUUCAUCAAGAAUUCGUUCUUUACAGGACUGAAUGCCUUUGAGUUUUUCUUCCACGCGAUUUCCGGCCGCGAGGGAUUGGUGGACACGGCUGUCAAAACGGCGGAAACAGGAUACAUGCAGAGGAGACUUAUUAAAGCACUAGAAGAUCUAAAGCUAUGUUUUGACGGCAGCGUGAGAGGAACGGAUUGUAUAAUUCAGUUUCCUAAUCCCGAAAAUUCAUACUUUCGCAAGGGAUUCCAGCCGGGUGAUGCCCUAGGCGCUAUUGCAGCACAAAGCAUCGGUGAGCCAGGCACACAGAUGACACUGAAGACAUUUCAUUUUGCAGGAGUGGGCAGUAUGAAUAUAACACUUGGUGUGCCGCGAUUGAAAGAGAUCAUCAAUGCUUCGGCGUGUUCAACGCCGGUCAUACGGAUCACCGGUGUACACAAAGGGCUGAACGACAUGCGGCAGAUCAACGAUGCGGUUCAGCCCCUGAGGAUUGAAAAUGUGGUUGAAGCCAUCGAAAUCAACAUAUCAGAAAGUAUUUAUGCCGAUUUCAGAACAAAGACAAAGUAUCUGUCGCUGAACGAGACCAUACGUGAGCGACUUGAAAAGAGGUACAAGAGCGAGGCUUUCAUACACAAUGGUUGUGUGAGAAUGUACUUGGAUGUAAAUCAGGACAGCAUUUACACGCUGAAUGACAUGAAACAGCAGGUAGGUAAAAUAUUUUUGAGAGGCGUAGCGACUGUAACAGGGACUGUUUUCAACAAUGUUGAGACAGAGAAUGUGAACGGGAAAGAGGACGAGAGACACGUUGAUGGGGUGGCCGGUACUAAGGAUGGGAACGUAAGACAUAAAAGAGCGAGAAAAGAUUCAUCGCCGGUGUGUGCCGAUGAUGCAGGACCAGAGUUUGAGCUCCUAGCGGAGGGAACAGGUUUGCAAGAAAUAUUGGGAAUGCCAAACGUGAAAUCGGCACUCACAAAUAAUAUAAUUGAAAUUGAAUCGGUGCUUGGAAUCGAAGCGGCACAGCGCAGCAUUGUAAACGAGAUCGUCUUCACACUCAAAAGCCAUGGAAUAGAAAUAAACGUAGAACACAUCACAUUGCUGGCCGACCUGAUGUGUUUCAAGGGCAAGGUCAACGGAAUAACACGAUUCGGUAUAAAAAACUUUAAGAGCAGUCCCCUAAUGCUGGCAUCGUUCGAGCAGACUGGCGAGCACCUCUUCGAUGCGGCUGCUAAUAACAAGUGCAAUGAGAUCGCAGGUGUAAGCGAUUCGAUAAUAGUGGGCGGUAUAAUACCUGUGGGCACGGGUGGUGUGAGCAUUUACCACGAUGAUAGGAAUCAGAAUUAAAAGCAGGUUUGUGUUUGUAACACGUGGAUUGAUCGGUUCAACCGUGUGCGAUGUUUUAAGAAUUGCGCAAUCUUUUAGAGAAAAAACCGUGAAUGACCAGCAGCAAGAGCAA